GUUCAAGAUGUCAGCCUCCAUAGUUUCAUUCGCCCACUGACAUAAUUUUAUUUAUUUACAUCCAGAAAGAUUUUUGACGUCCUGAGAAAAAAAACUAAAUACCUAUGUGACAGAGCUGGUUCCCAGCCAUCAUGCCAUUGUCCAUAAAGAAGGAGUUUAUUUAUACGUUUACCAGUAAAGAUGAGGAAAGUGUUCUCCGGGUACCAGUGGACAUACCAUACAGUCAACCAGCCCGGGACCUCACUGGUCGCCUAGUGUUUGAACAUAAUCUACCGUGUUACAUCGAAAAUGAUUUGACAGACAAGUUAGGAGAAUUUAUACAGAGGGAAACAGACAAGCUCAAUGAUGAUAAUGCUACAGAAGCUAUAGAGAAGGUCAGACAAGGACAGAUAGAUGUUGAUAAACUUGCUGAGGCCUGGCAGAAAGCAUAUACACAGGAAGUUAAAGAGUUUGCUAAGCCGGAGGAAGUGAGUGCUGAGCAACAGUUCUCUGAGGUUUAUCAUUCACUGAUACACUCUCCGGCAUUAGAGACGCUGCUGAACCUGGAACACACAUAUGCCUUGACAAUAGAAGAUCUAAUCCAUCAGAGAGAUCAGGAUUUAAAGCAUUUGGAUGAAAGACAGCAGGAGGAGAUGCAGGAAGCGGUGAGAAAUGUGGGGACGAGUUAUACUGACGAUCAGAUAAACAGGCUUGCACAGAGAAAUUUUGACAAUUCGCAAAUGAUAGAGACAAAAUGGAUGUGUGAGUUAACUAACCAACAGGAAAUACAGAGACGAGAGUAUAGAGAAUGGGUGAUGAAAGUGCAUGAAGAUACGCAGGGGUCAAAUACACCAAAAUAUAUGCAGCGUGUUCGAGCCAUGACAAGUAACCUACCAGAGGCCGAGGAGGAGGAGAGACAUGCUCAGAUCAGGAUGGAGGAAAGCUUCACAAUUAUACUAGGUUUAGGCGUAAUGGUAGCACAACCACAACGUCUACAGACAGCUAUGUCAUUAUACUCUAACACUUUGUGUGGAAUGAUAAUGUUGGUGGAUAACAGACUCAACUCUUAUACCGGACUUAAGAAAGAGUUUGCUAAGGUGUGUGAAAGAUCUACUGAUUUCCAUUUCCCAAACUUGGAGAAGCAGUUCACAAAAAUUGAAGAGGAACUUAAACAUGCUGGGGAGACCAGAAAAAAAUCAGUGGAGGACGGUGAUAAAGUGAGCUUAAAGAGCAGCGGUAGUAGCUCUAGCGGUGAUAACCAGGAGAAAAGUGCCAAACUAUUCACUGGUGACUUUUACAUAACAAAACAUUCCAACCUAUCAGAGGUACACACUGUGUUCCACCUGGUGACAGACGACACUGUUAGAGGCGAUAUAACAUCUAGACAUCCUAUAAUCCUCUCUUUGCGGAACAUCAUCAAACUUUGUUGUAGAUAUGACAUCACCACCUUAACCAUACCAUUACUGCUUACACAUGAAAUGUUAGAGGAGAUGACAAUUCCAUGGUGUAUGAAGCGAGCAGAGCUGGUGUUUAAAUGUACGAAAGGUUUUAUGAUGGAGAUGGCAACAUAUGGUGGUGUGGAGUCUUUAACUAUACAGUUCCUAGUUCCUCUGGGUAUAUCUGAAGAAUUAUUUGCUGGGAUCAGUAAUAUGCUGCCAAGCAUAUUCCGCCUGUCUAAUCCAGUCAUGGCUAAAUCCUAUACAUAAUCCAGCAGUCCGUAGUGGUUGCUGUCAUUAAUUUUUUCAUGAUAGACUUAUUUCUCCGAAUUCUUUUUUCAGAUAUUUUCAUGACAUUAAAUCCUCAAACAAUUAAAACUCCUAUUAAAUUUGUGUUUAAAAUUUUAAUAAGCUAUUUAAGCCUCUUUGAACGUGUUUGUCAUGAAAAGGGCACUAUAAAAAUCUGGUAUAAUAUAUUACGCUUAACAGAAUAGAAUCUAGUUGUUUUGGGAGAAACCAUGAAAUGUAAUGCCAGUGAAUUAAGUGAUUACAUACUAUAUAAGUAAUUAUUUUAUUAAAACAGAACUACACUUAACUGUGGAAUCCAUACCAGUAAGACGUGUUCCAGGUUGAAACUUUGACUUGGAGCUAAGAGAUGGAAACUUUGCUUCAAUUUUAGUCUUGCUGGAUUACAAGAUAAUAUCUAAUUAGAAGAGAUGUAAAUCUGGUAACAAUCAUUACAAGGGAUGUUCAGUUAAUAUCUGGAAAAGUGUGCUCAUUUCUUCACUUGCCAUCAAGAAAUCAGUGAAUUUGUUAUAAUUAAGUAGGUAAGGGAAUAUAAAGUUGAUAUCUGACAUCUUCUUUUGGACAGAGAAAGUAAAUACAUGUACUAGUCUCCAGGGCAAUGCCAGAUAAGGUUUUCCAGCCCAGUGUUCCUUUUCCUAUUUUGCACUAACAACAUUAUUUGCUACUUAAAUUUUUCACAGCUAUAUUUUCCUGAAACAGGUUAAUAAUUAUGUGAAAGAUUCAUGUUAGGCUAAUGGCGUCAGCUCAUAAAUGUAACACCAUUAAAAUGUUUGGCAUGCAAUAUGCUUUGGCCAGGGCCAUGAAAUGAGAAUUAAAUGUAUGUCAUUAAGAAAGAAUAGUAUUUUUGAAUUGAAAACCAAGAAAGGCUUUUAGAAAUAAUGUCAUGUAGAAAACUAUGUUUUAUCAGAAAUAUUAAGGAUUAAAAAUUAAGUGAUAGAAGUAUCACUAACAGAAGGUAUCAGUCUUUAAUUAUGUCUCAAAAACUCUGGUAAUGAUCAGUUCAUCACUGGAAUAUUAUACAUAGAGCAACUUUUAUUUACAUAGAAGAACAACUUUUAUUUUUGAAACACUGGCAAUUACAAACAGUAUUGCUCGAUUUUUUUUUUGAUAUUUCUGUGCCAUAAUUACGUUGGGCCAAUCAAGCUGUAGUUAUGUUGCUAUACAUAUGGUAGAUAAUGUUUAUGUUUUGAAAUUUGUAACUGAAUGAUUCACACUCUAUUUGAGCCGCGCCAUGAGAAAACCAACAUAGUGGGUUUGCGACCAGCAUGGAUCCAGACCAGCCUGCGCAUCCGCGCAGUCUGGUCAGGAUCCAUGCUGUUUGCUAAAGAUUUCUCCGAUUUCAUUAGGCUUUGAAAGCGAACAGCACGGAUGCGCAGGCUGGUCUGGAUCCAUGCUGGUCGCAAACCCACUGUUGGUUUUCUCAUGGCAUGGCUCAUUUGUGUUAGCACAUUUUGACAUUUACCAAAACAGGUUCAGAAAUAAAGACUGGUCUGAGUAUUUUUGAACAACCCUCAUAAUUAUGGGAAAUUUUGUGAAAAUCAGUUUAUUAUUCUAAAAGCCACAUUUCUAAUUUGAAAUCUCAAGGAAUAAUUGCUGAUGAUUUGAAGUUGCCAGUAUCCUGAAACUGAUUAGCAAGAGGUAAUGACACAUUCAUUUGGCAGUGGAUUUCUAGUUACUGGAGAGAAACUGUACACAUUUAGUGUUUUCAGAGCAUGUAUGGUAUAAUCAAAAGCAUAUUAAUUUUUGUGCUGCAUUUUUUGUCUAAUAAGCUUUUAUUUGUAAUGUUUUGUUCAAUAAAAGUGCAAUAUUGUUGAUAAAUAAAAGUAUCAAUGUU